CGGCCGAGGGGCGGAGCAAACCACCCGCCGAUUGGCCAGAUGACCGGAAGAGGAUGGUGCAUCCGGAAUAAGCGUCCCUCCACUUUACUGCUGCUGCACAGUUAUAAGUUCUCAGGAGUUGGUGUCCGGCCGUACCGCGGGGCACUGGACGAAUGGCGAGAUGCCGAACGCAAGCCGCUGCCCGGAUUGCGGCUCCUCUGAGCUCGUGGAAGAUUCGCAUUAUUCUCAGAGCCAGUUGGUGUGCUCCGACUGCGGCUGCGUGGUCACCGAAGGCGUCCUUACUACUACCUUCAGCGACGAGGGCAACCUCCGAGAAGUGACAUAUUCUCGAAGCACAGGGGAAAACGAACAAGUUACUCGCUGCCAGCAACGAGAUCUCCGUCGAGUAAGAGACCUGUGUCGCAUUCUGAAGUUGCCACCGUCGUUUGAGGAGACAGCAGUCUCCUACUACCAGAAGGCGCAUCGGCUGCCUGGCAUCCGCGCAGCCAGGCUGCAGAAGAAGGAAGUGCUAGUUGGAUGCUGUGUUUUAAUCACCUGUCGGCAACAUAACUGGCCCCUCACCAUGGGAACCAUCUGCACUCUGUUGUAUGCCGAUCUGGACGUGUUUUCCGGCACCUACAUGCAGAUAGUGAAGCUUCUGGGGCUGGAUGUGCCAUCCCUGUGCCUGGAAGACUUGGUGAAGUCUUACUGCAGCAGCUUCAAACUGUUCCAAGCGUCCCCAUCCAUGCCAGCCAAAUAUGUGGAGGACAAAGACAAGAUGCUGUCUCGAACCUUGCUGUUGGUGGAGCUUGCAAAUGAGACGUGGCUAGUGACCGGACGGCAUCCCUUGCCCAUCAUCACUGCAGCCACCUUCCUGGCGUGGCAGUCUCUGCGGCCUUCAGGCCGGCUGAGCUGCUCUCUUGCCCAGUUUUGUAAGUUGGCAAAUGUGGACCUGCCCUACCCAGCCGCCUCUCGCCUGCAGGAGCUCCUGGCUGUGCUCCUUCAGAUGGCCAGCCGGCUGGCCUGGCUACAAGUUCUAAAACUUGAUAAACGGUCGGUGGUGAAACACAUUGGUGACCUUCUCCAGCAUCGCCACAUGCUGAUCCGCAUGGCUUUUCGAGACGGUACAGCAGAAGUGGAGACUGAGAAGCAGCAGCAGGGACAAGGACAGCAGGAAGAGGUGGGGGAUGGUCCCUUUGAUUUGCCCAAGAAGAAGCGUCCUGCCAGUCCUGCCCUCCUCCUCCCCCCCUGCAUGUUGAAGCCCCCCAAGCGGACCUAUACCAGGCCCCCUGAAACUGUAGUAACUGGAGAUGAGAACAUUUCUGAUAGUGAAAUAGAGCAAUAUUUGCGCACCCCUCAGGAAAUUAGAGACUUUGAGAGAGCACAAGCCGCUAGCCAGGCAGCCAUGAGUGUCCCUAACCCUCCCUGAUGCACAUUCUUUAUGGUGGUUUCAGUUCUGACUGCAGUUUAUUAACAGGCCUGUUGUGUUGCAAGAAAUGACUGGACAUGACCCUUGGCUAUUUCUUUUUUAAAGAAAGCAAGAGUAGCCUUGCAGUUAAUUGGACCCAAGGUCCUAGAGAGGGUGGGAGGUGUACUCGCUGUCUCUGGGGGAAAGUCCCCACCCUUGGUGCUGGCAACUAAGCUGUGUAUAGUCCGGGUGCACUCUUCCUAAGACCGCCAAGGAGUCCGUCUGUCCAGCUCUCUCCUACCCUAGUGUGCAGUACACACGCUGCUGUUGGGAAUGAGCUGACAUCCUAGUGGUAUCAACCGUGGCAGGAGCAGCCAUUCCUGGCCUAGGCUCUAGGUCUAGGUGUCUGGUCUAAGCUCUAGUGGUUUCGAGUAUUCCUAAGAUCCUUUACGUCAUUAACAAAAGGACCAUGGGUGGACGACAGCUGUCGCUCAAAGAGUUUUGCAAGAUUUUAAUAUAUUAAAACAAAGAGGCAUCUGCUGGAAAA